AUGCCUCAGGAUAUGCCCCCAACGGGGGGCUACGCUCAAGUCCAGUACAAGCGCAACCUCCCCGCCCGUGGCUUCAGGCCUUGGGUCUAUGCCGUCGGUCUGCAUGCCAUCAUGGCCUAUGGAUUCUACACACACUGGGUCGGUGUCCGCGAACAACGGGAACUCACCCGUGAGAAGAUGUGGUCCCGUCUCUACCUUCUGCCUCUUCUGCAGGCCGAGGAGGACCGCGACCAGGUCCGCCGCCACUUCGCCGAGAAUGCGCGCCAAAAGGAGCUUUUGGGCGCUGAGGAGAAGGUCUACAACUCUGACCGCUUUAUCCGACCUACCGUUGUCUACACCCCCAGCGAAGUCACCCCUGAAGCUAAGAAGUCGUGGUUCUAA